AUGUUCUCCUCAAUUUCAAAUAAUAAGACAACUCAAUGUGAACAAGAUUUUGAAAUAAUUCUUCAAGCAGCAUUAAAAAGUGAUAUGUGGGCUAUUAAAGUAAUCGAUGCUUGGGGAAAACCAUUGCCAUCUGGUAUAUUGAAAGGUAAUACUUUUUGGGUGGGCAAUUAUGACGAAUGUUUACAACCAAUGUAUUUACCAGCUAAUAAAUCAUUUAUUUCACAACCAUUCAAUACACAACAUUGUGUUGUGUCAUCAAAAUCAUCUCAAUCAGAUCCGAAUUCAAUGCCACCUAUUGUUCUUGGAAUUUGUGUUCCGUCAUCAUGUGAUCAUCAAGAUGUUGCUUUGUUAGUUCAGAAAUUAUAUAAAAAAACUAAUAUUACAGAAGAUGAUAUUGUCUGUUCGAAUGAUCCUGCAAACGGACAACAAAAUCUUACAGCUGGAGCAAUAGCAACGAUUAUUAUUCUAUCACUUUUAGCUUUACUUGUCUUAGUAGGAACAAGUAUUGAUUUACUUAAUGAUAUAAAUGCACAACUUAUUGGAUCUAAUUAUCUAAAUGAAUCUGAUUCAAGAACAUUAUCACAGGAUUCUCCUUAUAUUUCGUUGAAAAGUAAAUCAUAUAUGAUAUUUUUAGCUGAAUUUUCAGCAUUACGAACUCUUCGUCGAAUAUUUACAAUGAAACAAAAGAAUGAUGAUAAUUCAUUUUUAUUUAUUAAUGGUAUUCGAGUUUUAUCUUUAUGUUGGGUUAUUAUUGGUCAUUCAUUAGCUUUUGGUUUAUUUUAUACAAGUAAUAUAGUAGAUGUACUUGUCUGGAGUCAUAAUAUCUUAUUUCAAUUGAUUAUAAAUGCAGUUUUUAGUGUUGAUACAUUUUUUGUUCUAAGUGGUUUCUUAACAGCUGUACUAUUCGUUCGACAUGUAGAAAAAGAAAAAAAAUUAUCAUUUCGUACGAUGUUGCUCUAUUAUGUUCAUCGAUAUAUGCGACUUACACCAGCAUUUCUUUUGAUGAUUCUUGUAAGUAUCAAUUUAACACCAUACUUUGGUAGUGGACCUGUUUAUCCUGUUAAACAAGGAUUUGAAUCAGAGGGCUGUCGAAAUGAAUACUGGUGGACAUCAAUUCUUUAUGUUGGUAAUAUAGUAAAACCAGAUAGUAUGUGUUUAGGAAUAGCAUGGUAUCUUCAUAAUGAUAUGCAAUUUCAUUGGAUUGCACCUUUAUCUUUAAUACCGUUUGUCCUUGGACGAAAAAUCUUAUCUUUUUUUAUCGCUGUAUUUUUUGUUUUCAUUGGGAUUGGAUCCAUUUUAACCAUUCUACUUUAUUAUCCAGAUAUGUCAUUAAAUGUUCUACUUGCAUUCAAUAAUGUUCCUGGUCCUACUUUUUACAAAAACAUCUAUAUUACACCUUGGUGUCGUAUAUCUGCAUAUGCUGUUGGUAUUUUAACUGGAUAUUUUGUUAUUAAUACUGGCCGACAUUAUCGAAUUAAUAAAUAUGUCAAAUUUUUUGGAACUAUAUUAAUGAUUUUGUUUAGUUUAAUUUGUAUAUUUACAACUUAUCCUGAUUAUAUUCUAGCAGAUGGUUUAAAUCGAACAAUACUAGUUAUAUAUCAAUCACUUUCACGAACACUUUGGGCAAUAGUUAUUGGAUGGGUUUUAUUUUUAUGUAGUAUAAAUCAAGGUGGAAUAGUAAAUAAAAUUCUUUCAUGGCCUAUUUGGGCUCCAUUAUCUCGAUUGAAUUAUUCAUGUUAUCUAGUACAUGCUGUGAUACUUAAUAUUAUUUUAUACAAUCAAAAAUUACCUUUGUAUUAUCAAGGACAUCUUAUUGUGAAUAAUUUUGUUUCACAUAUAUUUUUUAGUUAUUUAGCAUCAGUUGUAGUUGCAAUCUUUUUUGAAACACCUUUUUUUAUUAUUGAAAAGAAAAUAUUUAAACGAUAG